CCCGAGAGUUUGUUUUGACAGGAAACGUGGUGCUUUUGGAGGGGAGUGGUGCGCAGACACUUCGACGGUCCCCUUGUUGAUAUCCUCAGUUAGGGGAGGAAGAUGGGGAAAUGCCAGUCAGGCCUGGGCUCGAACCCCUGUCCUCCGGGGGACGGCUUGUGUUUGCCAAAGCUGCUUGUCUGGUGGCAGCACUGGACGUAGCAGCUGAUUUCAGGUGGUACAUGGACAAAUGAAGUCUGGAUGAACAUAAUUAUAUGCUUCCCCUUCCCCUCCACUCCCUCCGUUGGUGCAUGUAACUAUUUUAUUAAACAAGAGAUUUCACAAUGAUACAAAGUUUUUUAAAAAACAAAUGUAUUUAAAUAUAAAAAUCUAGUUAAGAUACAAGUGUCUGAUAAAUUAUAGCAUAGGUGAGGGUGGAGAUGUGGAAACAGUCGUGAAGAGUGGUACCCUAGUUACUGAAGUUUGGGAAUUAUCAUGGAUGGUUGUCCUGCAACUUUAACCAUGAAAAAACUAGACAAGUUGCCCCUGUCCCUAGUGGGGACCUCACACCCAGCUUUGGUCCAUUGCCUCCAACCCAGUUGGAGACCUUGCUCUUUUCUACCUGUCACUCGGCUGUGAUUCCCACUUUAGGAGGCUCGCUGCCUGCUAUUUCCUCUUACCUCUAGGGGUUGGUACAGCACCCUGGCAGCCAGUGGAGGCUGCCUGACUUGGGUGGCCCAGGUCUGAAAAUACCAGUCAUGUGUAGAAGCAGCUUCAAGGCCAGUCUGUGAGGGCCCCAUAUGGGGACACACAGGUGCUAAAACAGAGAAGCCAGGGUUGAGAGAAGUAUCUUCAAGUGUGAAAAGUGCCCAGAAAUCCUUCUCCCUGGUGUUGUAAUGCUAUGUGUAGCGUGAACAUCUGCUUUUUUAAACAAUGACUGACUUGUUGGCUUUUAUCUGGCUCUUUGUUGGUUCUAAUUUGAUGAGAACAGUAUUCUCUAGUUGAAUGGUGCAGGCAUGUGUCUCAGCUCUGGUUUUUGCUUUGCCGUGUGUGAAUAACUUUUUAAUAUUGCUGUUUGGGACUGGUUCUGAAGCAGCAUUUUACAGAAGAUGAAGAUUUUCUCAUUCCCUGUAAUUUUUUCUUCAGAGUCCCAGUCCUGUUUUUUACUAUUCCAGCUCCUUGCCCUUCACAUGUAUGUGAUUGCCUGCCCUUUCACCUGACCUCAAUCUGGUCUUGAAGGAUGGUGCCUACUAUAUGUUUCUUGAAAUUUUCCUUUUCUGCCACCUAGGUUUAAACUGGCUGGGUUUCAUUCCUCAGGGCCCUGCUGUAUAAUCUGAGUAAUUCACUCCAAAAUGUUAAUGACUCAUACCAGCCUUAAGCAGUUAACCCUGUUCAUAAUAUCUGGAUUUUAACCAGGGAUUCUGGAGCACAUAAAGGAUGGCUCCCGAGAACGGAAUAUCAGUCACUCUAGUGGAGUGGUUGACACUUAUUUUGGACAAUGGACUUCUUCAGUGAUGCCCUUCAGGGUAUAGCACUAGGGCAGCCACCCCCAGGGUAAGGCCAGUUUGCUGCCAUAUGUGCAGCUGUCCACGUAGUGCUGGGUAGAUCAAUUUGGUACAGUGGGUUGGAAAAAAUGAGCCGCACACCAGAUUUUCUCCAGCCAUCCUGGAGAGAGCAUGGGCUUUAGUAAUCCACUUCCUGGGCUUGCGUUCUGCUGUAUCAGCUGUGAACCCUUGGGCAAGUAAUUUAACCUCUCUGAACCUCAGAUUCUUAUAUUUAAAAUGGCGAUGAUAAUAGUACCUUAGCUAACAAGGUUAUCCUGAACAUUGAAGGAGGUAAAACAUUUAGAGCACUUAGUAUGGGGGCUGGGUCAUGGUAAGCAAUCAGUAACAGUGCUAAUUGUUGUUAUUUGCUAUCAGUAAGCAUUCAGAGGAUGGAAAGACACAAUGUAAAACUUUCUUUAAACUCUGGACCUGUGAGUCUUUGCUAGCUUGGAUUAUGGGUGCCAUGAUGCCUUGGAAGUGUAUUGAGCUUGGCACUGGGAAAUGGAAAGGGGAGACAGCUCCCUCCCACAAACAGCUUAAAAUUUAGUGAGAGACAGAUAGGCAGAAAACUGUGGUGCUUUCAAUGACUAUGUAAUACGCAUAUGAGCCAAGUGAGUGAAACAGAAAAGGAGAAUCCGCAUUGUCUCACAAAUAGGAGUGUGGCUUUAUUUGUUCAUUUAACGAUAUUCAUUGAACUCCUGCUCUGUCCCAGGCAGUGUUCUAAGCAUUAGAUGGGGUGAGUGGGGGCGUCAGGGAAGAUCAUUUUUGACAUUGUGACAUUUAACCUCACAUCUGAAAGAUAACAAGGAGCCAACCACAUGGUGAUCAGGGAAAAGAACAUGCCAGGAGGAGACAGUAGGUGCACUUGCUCCAAGGUAGGAAGUUUGGCCCAUAACCACAGUACUUUUAUCAGCUUCAGUAAAUUUAAUAUUGGAAUACAGACAGGAGACUGUAGGGUUAUAACAACUGACCCAUAAUGUCCUUUAUAGCAUUUCUUUUUUUCCACCAGAAGAGGAUCCAGACCAGGAUCACCAAUUGCACUUAGUUGUAAGGCUAUUUAAUCUUUUUUUUUUAAAUCUGGAACAUAUCCUCAGCCUUCCUUUCUUUUUUUUUCUUUUUUAAUAACAUUGACAUUUUUGGAGUUCAGAGCUUCUUUUAAUAAGAAUAAAAUAAUAGUUGACAUCUGUCAAGCACUUGCGGCAUAGACUAUUUCAAUUAACCUUCAUAAUUCCACAAGGCAAAUGCUAUUAUUGUACCCAUUUUACAAAUGGGAAUAAGUCCCCUGUCUCCAGUCAGUAAAUAUCAAGUGUCAUGAUAAAGAGCCCAGGCCUCCUGGCUCCAGUGUUCUUAUUGUUUCACUGGCAUGUGUAUUGUCAAUGGUACAGGUAGUCCCUAAACUAUGAACAAGUUCUAUUCCUAAGUCUGUCUUUAAGUCAAAUCUGUAUGUAAGUCGGAACAAUUAGGUGGGGUUCGUAUCUAAUGUUUGUCUUAGUAUAUAGUGUACUUUUAUAUGCAUUAUAAAAUUAAAGAAACACUUCCAGAUACACUAAAACAUCCUUAACAUAUUAAUACAGUAAUAAUAUUACUUUGAUGCAUGUCACAAAGUAGUACCUAUUUGUUAUUAGAAACCAUUGUAUGUACCUAGAAUUUUUAAUAUAAUAGGCUUUACGGCGGUUGGUUUGUAACUACAGGUUGUACUAAGUUAGACGUUUGUAAUCGGGGACUGCCCAUAUUAUCUUUGCAAUCCUGAACCAGCUCAGGACAAUUUACAGGUAGCGUUUGCUGCAGAAAGGAAAUAAGGAAGUAAAGAUGGUAGCCUGGACCCAGGCUGAGAAUCACUACCAAACCAAAAACCAUCUCCCUGUCAUCUGUGUUGGAAUACAGGACAACUUCUUCAGGUGCUCUCCUUAUCCACACUCAAGUGAAACAGGAUGCCCUUCAAUGGCGAGAAGCAGUACGUGGGAGAGGACCAGCCCAGCGAUUCAGACUCUUCCCAGUUUUCCGAAAGCAUGGCUUCACUCAGUGACUACGAAUGCUCCAGACAGAGCUUUACAAGCGACUCCUCCAGCAAAUCCAACUCUCCUGCUUCAACAAGCCCUCCUAGGGUUGUAACAUUUGAUGAAGUGAUGGCUGCAACAAGGAACUUAGCAAACAUGACUCUUGCUCACGAAAUUGCUGUAAAUGACAACUUUCAAUUGAAACAAGAUGCUCUCCCUGAGAACAGCUUGGCCGGUCGAGUGAAACACAUUGUUCAUCAGGCCUUCUGGGACGUCUUGGAAUCAGAACUAAGUGCAGAACCGCCUGAGUAUGAACAUGCCUUUAAACUGUUCGAAGAAAUCAGAGAGAUUCUUCUUUCUUUUCUGACUCCUGGAGGCAACCGGCUUCGCAACCAGAUCUGUGAAGUUUUGGACACAGACCUCAUCAGGCAGCAGGCUGAGCACAGUGCUGUUGACAUCCGAGGCCUGGCCGAUUAUGUCAUCAGCACGAUGGGAAAGCUGUGUGCUCCCGUGAGAGACGACGAUAUCAGGGAGUUGAAGGCUGCCAGCAACAUCGUGGAGGUGCUGAGACAAAUAUUCCAUGUCUUGGACCUCAUGAGAAUGGACAUGGUCAAUUUUACAAUUAGAAGUCUUAGACCACACCUUCAACGCCAGCUAGUGGAUUAUGAGAGAACCAAAUUCCAGGAAAUUUUAGAAGAAACUCCAAGUGCUCUUGAUCAAACUACGGAGUGGAUAAAAGAAUCUGUAAAUGAAGAAUUACUUUCUCUUUCUGAAGCCACUUUAACUCCUGGGGCCGAAGGUAGCUCCAAGCCAAGCCUGAGCCCCACAUUGGUGCUAAAUAACAGCUACUUGAAACUGUUACAGUGGAAUUACCAGAAAAAAGAAUUACCAGAGACACUCAUGACAGAUGGAGCACGUCUUCAGGAACUGACAGAAAAGCUGAAUCAACUGAAAAUUAUUGCCUGCUUGUCCUUAAUUACCAACAACAUGGUGGGUGCUAUUACAGAAGGUCUACCUGAGCUUGCGAACAGAUUGAAAAGGGUUUCAGCUGUUCUCCUUGAAGGCAUGAACAAAGAAACAUUUAACUUGAAGGAGGUUCUGAAUUCUAUUGGUGUUCAGACCUGUGUCGAGGUUAACAAGACCCUGGAGGAGAGAGGUUUAUCCACUUUAAAUGCUGAUGUUCAAGCUAAUCUUGUAGGUCAAUUUUCAAGUAUCGAAGAGGAAGCCAAUCCUAUCUGGUCCUUGAUUGAUAAACGAAUCCAGCUGUACAUGAAAAGCCUACUUUGUCUCCCAAGCUCUCCAAAAUGCAUGCCUCCCAUUCCCGGAGGCCUUGCUGUCAUUCAGCAGGAGCUGGAAGUGCUGGGCUCUCAGUAUGCAAACAUUGUGAAUCUCAACAAACAAGUGUAUGGACCAUUCUAUGCAAAUAUACUUCGAAAGCUGCUCUUCAGUGAGGAAGCCGUGGGCAAGGCAGAAGCCUCUUCUACUAACUAAAGAGGAACUGACAUUGGCUAAGAGACUGGCACCCUGGCACUUGGGGACCCGGUCCCUUCCCAUCGAGGGCAUUACAGAUGUGGCACGUUCUCAGUACUGUCCGUGGCGCAGUGUUAGCCUGAAUCUGUGUGGUGCCGCAAGGGGGGCAUCACAGCAGUGUGCACAUUAGAUAGAAACUAUUUGUGUGUCAUUUUCAAGUUCAAAAGAGACAUUUUUAAUGAACAGGAAGCAAUUUGUUAUUAAUUAUAUUACUUAUAUAAUAUUUGUAAAAUGUUUUCUUAAGCACUUAUAUUUGGCUUAUUCCGUCAACCCUUAAGAAGUAGUAUUCCCUGACUUGGCACUACCAAAUCUAAUGAUUUUUAAUUUUGGUGCUUCUUAAGGGGUCGAAGGUUGGGAGAAUAACCACGCAUAUUGACGUUCUGGGUAAAUGAUGUGAAGUUGGCAUAAUUGUAUUUGAAAGUGUACAAUAAUAUUUUAUUAAUAUGUAAUAGAAACUUACAUAGUAAGUCCUCAGAGCCCACAAACGUACCAAAUCACAUUUUAUAAUGCCAACUCUCAGUAUUUCUUUAGAAUUUAAAUAUAUAAAAUACAUUUGAAAGCUAUAUGCAAAUUUCAGGUAAGACCUCCCUUGUUUGUUUAGUGAAAAUGGAAACAAACUCCUAAAUUUUUUUUUCCUAGAGGUUUGUUUCUUCUUGCAGUUUAACCUGCUCUCUCAGAGAAACAAUUUUUUGCACAAAUAUUUUGGUGAACGUCUUUGCACUUCUCAGGCCAUUGCUAAGGUUUAUAUAAGAUUUUACUAUUUUCCGGUAAGGCAGGUCUGGCUGGAGUUGUAAGAAGAAGCAGGAAAGUUAAUAAAACGAGAUGCCACGAGGAGACCCUCUUCUCAGUGACGUUCACAUCUGAAAAAGAAACAGUUGAACCUUGAAUUUCUUCACCGUCUAGCCGAACUGGCAGAUAAAUGCCUUCCGUGUUACUGGUUGGGUUGACUAAGUCCUUGCCUUGUUAUGACCAAGAUGCUCUUCUUAGCGCCAUUGUCAUUCGCCGUUCUUGAGCCUCAAAUUGAACUUUGCAAAGCUGGGCACCAGUUGCGCAGGGGAUUUCAGGGAAACCUCCUUGUCCUGGAAUUAAGUACGUGUUUUGAAGUGUUAAGGGAAGCACUACAGUUUGGGAGUACCCAUCUGGAAAAUGCUUUCUUUGCCUAAAAUACGUUUUUGAUCGUUUUGUUUUCCAAAGACUCAUUGAACCUUAAUAAUUUGGGUAUGGCUAGGGAGGAAGUGAAAAAGAGAGCUCCUUUUUCUUCUUAACCCCCUUUUUCUCACCACAGCCUCCACCAUCAUGGUGUUGCUCAGUUAUAAAGUUCUAGGAAAUGAUUGUGUGAAUAAAUCUCCAAUCUUUAUACUUUGGAAGGCUCUGCCAAAAUUUGAGAAAAUUCUGAAUGUCAAUUAUUUUUUCUUACAACACCCAGUAGAUACAUCUAUCCAGUUGAGCGAUUGUGUGUAAGUGGAAUUUUACUGAAGAGCCCAUCAUUGGUCUUAUCCAUUUUUUUCUCUUCCUCUAUUUCUGUUCUGCCCAUAUUUUUCUAUGUUUAGAAACCAAAAGGUGCUGAAGACUUAUCUUUUCGUUUUCUCUUAAGCUGAAGUAGUUUUCAGCUGCACUCACUUUGGGGCAUGGAUGGUAUAGAGAGUCUGACAAUAGAAAGGUAACAUGUGAUGUGAUGUUUUUGUUGCUUCUUGAAGUGGACUGUAUACUUAACAGGAAGACCAGGUGGUAACACCUUUUUACUAUUAGAUUGGACUCCACCUGGUAUUCUUUUAUAUACUUGAUUAUACUGCAGUUGCUAGCAGGAAAACAACGUGCAAGCAUUUUUAAAAACGCAUUUAAGAUGAGGGGCAUUCUGCUUUUUUUUUUAAGUGGCAAAAUAAAUCUCAAUGUCUCAAGUCCGGAUUUAGGCAACUACAUUUAUUAAAUUUUUUAAAUCAUAUCCCUUGGCAUGUUGUUUAUUUGGUUUUUACUUAAAUAUUCUACUUUUGAGCUUUUCUUAACAUGGUCUUGUUUUGUAAUGUAAAUUUUGUUAAACUCCAUAUAUACAUUUUCAUUCUUCUACUGGUAAAACAUGUUUUGUGUGCACUAGUUAAAUUUUUAAACAUUAAAGAUUAUUUAAAGGUAACCAGUGUCUCUGUUUUCUGAACCACCUUUGGGUAGCUCAGGCCUGGAAGAAUGCACAGUCUUUAUUGUAGUUGCUCUAGAAUGAUUCUUCUGAGUCCCUGGGUGGCAUAAAUAAUUAAGCAUUCGGCUACUAUGGAAAGGUUGGUGGUUGGAAUCCACCCUGAGACGCCUCAGAAUCUUCUGAGAGAUUCUUCUGCUGACCAUAAAGAGCUUUACAGACAUCAUUCGUUCAUCAUUCAUACAUAACGGUCAUUUAUUCAGUCAAUAAACACCUAUUGAUCAUCUAUCAUGUGCCAAGAAGUACCCUAGGUGUUGUGAUAUAUAGAUGAUUAGACAACCACUGUCCUCAAGAAACUCAUAAUCUGGUAAGAAGGAAAAACUUGCAAACAAGUGCAAUCAAGUUUUAUCAUACAAGUAUACACAGGGCUAGAGGAAAAAUCUUCAAACUGUAUUUCAUGGAGAAGAUAAUCCUUGAGCUGUAACAUGAAGGAUACCUGGGAACUUGCCAAGAAGCCAAGAAAAGAAAGUACAACAUAAGGUACAAGAGUGAAAAUGUGAGAGGUAAAAUAAGAAAAGUAAACAUCGUUUUUGGACACCAUGUUAAAAUUUGGAUUUCUGUCCUGAAAGGAAUAAAGAAGGAUUGAAUCUUUUGAAACAGGAGAAGAUCACAAAUUGAUAUUUUGCAAAAAUUGCCUUGGCAACGAACAUUUGCUGUUAGUGAUGGAACAUGUAUACAUACAUACAUGAACACAUGGUACAGGCAAUAGAAACCGGCUCUGGCUAGUUUAAGCAGAAAAGGAAUUUUUUGGUUGGGUGUUAAGUACCUCCAGAACCUACUUAAACUAUGGAACCAGGCUUGGAAAAGGGUAGGAGCAACCAAGGUGAACUGAAUUCGGUGUUGGGGUUUCAGAGAUUGAUUCCUCAGCUGUCUUUGCUUCUUUACCUCAUUUACUUAAGGCUUAAAGUCCCAGAUAUCAACAUUCAUUUGGGAGAGUCUAGAUCAAGUGCCCAGGCACUAAUUUACAGGGGAUGGAAUAAAGGAGUAGCUGUCCCUUACACUCCUGUGGUCCCACCAAAGUCAUCCAAUUGGGGAUUUCUCCCCAAUAGGGAGGCAUGAUGGGGAACAGAAAGGAAAAAGAAAGAAAAAAAAAA